GCAGCUAAAGUGUAGCUAUUUGUUAGAUUAUUUGAAUUCUGACUUUGUAGUUUAAAGUGUAGCUGCUUUGUUGAUAAUUGUAGUUACACUGUAGGUUAUAGUAGAUUUUAUUUUAUUUUGCAGCACAUUGAUGUUAUUAUGUAUUACCUGAGAAAAAGAGGCAAAUAUGUCCCCAACAACAACAACACUAGGUUUACAACAACCGAUUGCUUGUUCAAGUCAAAGAUUGAACAAAUCUAUGAGAAGUUCAUAAGUUCUCCACCAGAAAAAAAGUAUUCGGUUGUUAAACCCGAUGAUGAUGUUGCAGAAUAUAUUCUUGGGUAUACACUUCUUGCUAAUGUUGCCUGAAAUGAAGUUGACUAUGUCAUCAUGCCCGUGAACAUUGUAGAGAAUUUCCAUUGGUUGUUGGUCGUUUUCGACAUAGCGGUAUGUGUAUGAUUCCAUGGUGUCUUUACACCAUCAUAAUGCUGUUGAAUCAUGUGUUGAUAAGCUUUCAAUCAUUAUCCCUCUGUAUUUGUCUUGCACUGGUUUCUACGAGAAGUGUAAAGACAUUGACUUCAAGACCACAAAGGCAUACAUUGAGAAACCAGUUACAGACCCUCUCAACAUACAGUGGAUGGUUGCGGAGAUUCCACAACAAAAGGAAGGAUCACUCGAUUGUGGUGUAUUUGUGGCUGCUUUUGCGGAGUAUGUUAGCCUUGGAGAUUUGUCAAUCCCUUCAGGACCUUUCGGAUAUCGACCAACACCGUAGACGCUAUGGAGCUCUCCUAUGAGACUAUGCUACAAAGAAGCAAGAAGAUGGGUCAAUCAGUGAAAGUGAAGUUACAGGCAGGCUAGCAAGGAGGAAGGGUGCUCCUGCUUUGAAUGAAAAGACUAGAGUUUAGAGAAAGAAGAAAUAAAGUCCUGUUUUCCUAGUUUAGUUGAUGUCAAUUUGUAGUUGAAGGAGAAUACACUACUUUA